GAGAGAGAGAGAGAUUUUCAACGUCUCGGAAGUCGGAAGCAAAAUUAUUUCCGUCAUCUUUCCCUCCCUAAACGCCAAAAAGCAGGAGUUUCAGAGUGGGGUAUUAACAAGCACAUUUCUACCUCCUCCAAAACAAAUCGUGCUUUGAAAACCCUAGAAAGUCUAAGCUUUUGAUUGCUUCCAGUUCUGCUGACUUCUUGCUCAACCUCCAUGAGUUCAAUGAUUUCAUCAUCUCGAGGAAUACAUCCUCCUGCAAGACUUGUCUCAUGUGAAUCCCCACAUAUGCGGCCUUCAGGCCCUUUGGAUCAUUCUGAACCAGAGUUCAACGACAGUGAUGAAGCAGAGUUACUGUCUGUGUCAUGGAAUCAGGACUAUGGAUGCUUUGCUGCUGGAACAAGCCAUGGUUUUCGAAUUUAUAAUUGUGAUCCUUUUAAGGAAACUUUUAGACGGGAUUUGAAGAGUGGGGGUUUUGGAAUUGUUGAGAUGCUUUUCCGAUGCAACAUUCUUGCACUUGUUGGUGGUGGGGCUAAUCCCCAGUAUCCCCCUAACAAAGUGAUGAUUUGGGAUGAUCACCAGAGUCGGUGUAUUGGUGAAUUUUCAUUUAGAUCUGAAGUUCGUGCAGUGCGAUUAAGACGGGACUGCAUAGUUGUGGUACUUGAACACAAGAUAUAUGUCUACAGCUUCAUGGAUCUGAAACUUCUUCAUCAGAUAGAAACUUUGGCAAAUCCAAGAGGACUUUGUUGCCUUUCUCAUCAUUCAAAUACCUCUGUAUUGGCUUGCCCGGGUCUUCACCGGGGACAGGUUCGUAUUGAACAUUUUGGCUUGAAGGUGACAAAGCUCAUUAAUGCUCAUGAUAAUCACAUUGCGUGCCUCACAUUAACAAUGGAUGGGCUUCUUCUUGCAACUGCUAGUACAAAAGGAACUUUGAUUAGGAUUUUCAACACAAUGGAUGGGACCCGCUUACAAGAGGUCCGCAGGGGGGUGGAUAAAGCUGAAAUUUAUAGUAUUGCUCUCUCUCCCAAUGUUCAGUGGUUGGCAGUGUCUAGUGACAAGGGUACAGUCCAUAUAUUCAGUCUUAGGGUUAGAGUGGUGGGUGAGGACUCAUCAAAUCAUUCCAUUACUACUCAAGGGCCAGCACUGGUUUACCAGAAUUCUUCAACUUCUCUUGAUGCCUUCAUAUGUCCAAACACCGGUGCCAAUCCUGGCUCAUCAUUGUCUUUUAUGAAAGGGAUGUUACCAAAGUAUUUUAGCUCGGAAUGGUCCUUUGCUCAGUUCCAUUUGCCAGAAGACACUCGUUUCCUUGUUGCAUUUGGAUCCCAGAACACAGUCAUGAUUAUUGGCAUGGAUGGGAGUUUCUACAGGUGCAGUUUUGAUCUUUUAAAUGGAGGGGAGAUGGAGCAGCAGGAAUACGUCCGUUUCCUGAGAACGGAUGAUCACCCAAGAUCAAGCACGAUCUGAAAGAUCACAAGACCAUUAUAUAUUCUUCCAUCCCUCUUUCUGUAGAUAUGAGACCUGAAAAUCUAUGUAAAUACUAUAAUGUGAUAUAAUAUAUUACGUAAAUAUAUCUGUAUAUACUUUCUAGAAAUGUGUAAAACCAAAAAAGAAAAAAAAGAUUGAUCCCUGUUGUUAACCUGUGGCAAUGGAUGACUCGAUAAAUGUAACAUAUGGUGGUAGUUUUUUGUUUAA